CUGGUGGUUUUGUUAUAGAAAUCAAAAUAUAAACAAACACGCGGCGUCUCUUAAAUUUUCAAUUUUCUCAAGUUUUAAGGAAAAUUCAGGUUCAAAAGUUGUGUUGGGAGAUUUAUUAGGCAGUGUAAUGGACAUCCUAUACAGCGGAAAUACCCUGAAGAACAGGGAAUUGCUCUAUCGAUUGAUUAUUAGCCAAUUAUUUUAUGAUGGCUAUCACAAUCUCGCCGUGGAACUGUCGACAAUGGUACGAGCUGAUCCUCCGUGUCCACCCAGCGACAGGUUGCUUAAUGUAAUGAUACAAGGAAUGCAGGAGGAGGCGACUAAGCGGGAGAAUUCGUACGAUGAGAUUGCCUGUGGAUUGGAUCUUGAAUUUGAGACUGAAGGGUCCAGUCUUGCUCCUGAGCCAGCAUCGUAUGAGACAGCCUAUGUGACAUCGCACAAGCAGGCAUGCCGGGCAGGAGCAUUCAGCUUUGAUGGACAACUCGUGGCCACGGGCAGUGUUGAUGCUAGUAUCAAGAUUCUCGAUGUUGAUCGAAUGCUGGCCAAGUCAGCUCCCGAAGAACUCGAUCCGGGACGCGAGCAGCAAGGUCAUCCGGUGAUCAGGACUUUGUAUGAUCACACAGAUGAAGUUGCCUACUUGGAAUUCCAUCCCAAGGAGCAAAUCCUGGCAUCUGGUUCACGUGAUUGUUCCGUGAAGUUGUUUGACAUCUCCAAGGCUUCGGUGAAGAAAGCCCAUAAGAUUCUUACGGACUGUGAGCCCGUGAGAUGCCUCUCCUUUCAUCCUUCCGGAGAUUUUAUGGUAGUGGGCACGGAUCAUCAUGUUCUCAGGGUAUAUGACAUUGCGACAUCCCAAUGCUUCGUGAGUGCUAUUCCGUCGCAGCAGCAUCGUGCUGGAGUGGUUUGUGUCAAGUACGCCCAGACAGCUAAGCUCUUUGCUUCCGGAAGCCUCGAUGGAGCCAUAAAAUUGUGGGACGGAGUCAGUGGACGGUGUGUCAAUACAUUUGCUGCUGCUCACGAUGGAGCCGAGGUGUGCUCAGUGGCAUUUUCCAAGAAUGGCAAAUAUCUCUUGUCAUCCGGCAAGGAUUCGCUCGUGAAACUCUGGGAAUUGAGCACCAGUCGCUGUUUGAUAGCCUACACGGGAGCUGGAACAACCGGGAAGCAGGAACACAGCACCCAGGCCGUGUUCAAUCACACCGAAGACUAUGUUCUCUUUCCCGAUGAAGCCACAACAUCUCUGUGCUCCUGGAAUUCUCGCAAUGCUUCGAGGCUGCAUCUCAUGUCUCUGGGCCACAAUGGUCCCGUACGCUAUAUCAUCCAUUCUCCCACGCAUCCGGCUUUUCUCACGUGCUCCGAUGACUACCGAGCACGCUUCUGGUUCCGACGCUCCAACACACAUUAAAAUUAUUUUCCCACAAUUUUUCAUUUGUAAUUUUUCCGGCAAAAAUAAUAAAUUGUAACUGAGUAUAACA